UGGGAAAUGUAGUUAUCAGUUUCUUAAACUUUACUGUAAAAUGGACAUCUGAAAUACAAGUCCCAGAAUGCUACUAAAAUACAGGCGUGACUUGUGAAUUUGUCCAGUUUUAAUUUGACUAGGAGCUCGUUGGUAGUACUUAAAAUCUGCAGCAGCAACUGGAAACAAAGCUACUACGUUAGUAAUACUUGUUACUGUCAUAAAGUAUGUGUCAUAGUAAGAAAUAAGAACUGCUGUGAAGUGAUGGUUGCAGGAGCUCCUCUUCUUCUGAUCCUGACUGAAGUGAGAAAGUUGAAAGGUUAUUCUGGAUAUUAAUAUUUAUCACUGCUAGUUCCAGUCACAGAAUACAUAUGAGCUCAUCAUUACAGAUCACUUCUUCACUAAAGCUUCUUGAUACAGACCUGGAGAAUUCUACCAUCCAGAAGCAGAGGAAAGAGUUGCAGUUAUUAAUUGCUGAGCUGAAGGACAGAGACCAGGAGCUUAAUGAUAUGGUAGCAAUUCACCAGAAGCAGAUGCUGGCUUGGGAGGGUGAUCGGCAGCAGGUUCUUUACUUGGAGCAGAAAUGCAGUAAACUAGAAAAUGAACUUCAGCAAAGAAAUGAAAUAAUCAGAUCUUUAACAAAAAGGAUAAAACUGUUGCAAUCUCAGCAACACAACCAGAGAGCAAGUCUUGAAAACACCCUGGAGAGCACCCAGCAUCAGCUUGAGGAAUUGUCCCGCAGAGCAUCUGCGGCAUCCAGUCAAUGUCAGGACCUGGAGGAGAAAAAUCGGAGUCUGAGUGAUACCGUUUUGGAGCUUUCCGGACAUGUCAGACGAUUGCAGGCAAGAGAACAGGAGCUGGCUACUUUGCUGAGACUGAAGGACAAUGAUAUCAUUGAAGCAACCAAUCACAUUACAGAAUUUACAUCCCGAUUUAAGGAGUUAGAAGCAGGACUGAGAGAAGCUGUAAAGUCAGGCUUAAAUGGGCAGAAAUGUGAAGUUAAUAAACUGAAAGAUGACCUCAGCCAAAAGACUGCAGAAAACAAUGAGCAGAGAGAGGAAAUCAUCCGCCUAAAGCAAGAAAGUGCUUAUUUACAUUCUGAACUCAUUUAUACAGCUGAAAGGGAGAAUCGAAAAGAUCAGCUACUUCAGUUGGCAAAAUCUAAGCAAGAUAGAACUGAUACUGAAUUACAGAACCUUCGAAAGAUCUAUGUUAAACAGCAGCAUGAUAUGCAAUUUCUACAGAUUUCUUUGGAGAGUUCCAAGGAUGCAGUGCCAAAAUAUGAGCUGACAGAAGAUGAAAUCAGCGAGGGUCCUUUAAAUAUAAGUUCUCUCUUUUUGGACUCUGUUGGUAAAGAUGGCUUCUUAGCAAACAGACAGAACCUUCAUUGCAGUCUUCCAGUAGAUCUGAAAAUUCCCCUGAUGCAGUCUACGCUCAAAGACUCUGACUGUCACAAAAGUCCAGUGAGUUCUUGCAUGCACGAUUAAAGACAUCAAUCGAUUGCACACAAUUAAAAAGAACUAAUUAAAAUGCAA